UAUCCCCGACCGUGUCCAUCUUUACUCCGUCCCCUCCUUUACUUUUUCCCUGCAUCUGCCUGGUCCGGUGUGUCCAUCGGGAUUUAUCUGUUUCGGUCAGUUCAUUUUAUUGGCGCCGGUGAACGCAAGCAGCAGUGACUUGAGGGAAUCAGGUGGUGUGACACAUCCUCAACCUUCCAAUACAUCAUGUCGCCCCUUUCCUCUUCUUCUUCUCCAUCUUCUUCUCUCUCCCUCACUUCUUCUUCAUCCUCUCCAUCCGCCUCCUCCUCCAUCGCUUCUACUUCUACUUCUACCGCUCGUUCCCGUCUCGCUUCUCUCUCCUCCCACAUCAUGGGCUCUACCACCCCCUCCGUCUUUUCCACCGCCGUCGUGCCCGCCGCGCCAGAAGAUGCUCUCUUCGGUCUGGCUCAGGCGUUUCGCCAGGAUUCCUCCGACAAGAAGGUUGACCUAGUCAUUGGCGCUUAUCGCGACGACAAUGCCAAACCCUGGAUCCUGCCCGUUGUCAAGAAGGCUGACGAGCUCGUUCGCAAUGACCCCGCCCUCAAUCACGAAUACCUCCCCAUCAAAGGUCUCGCCGACUACACCACUGCCGCCCAGAAAUUGAUCAUUGGCGCUGAUAGCCCUGCCAUUCGCGAGAACCGCGUAUGCACCUUUCAAACCAUCUCCGGCACCGGUGCCGUGCACCUGGGCGCUCUCUUCCUCUCCAAAUUCCACCCCUCCAACCCUAAACCCACCGUCUACCUCUCCAACCCAACCUGGGCCAACCACAACCAAAUCUUCACCAACGUCAACCUCUCCCUCGCCAACUACCCCUACUUCGACCCGCAAACCAAAGGCCUCAACUUCUCCGGCAUGCUCUCCGCCCUGCGCGAUGCUCCCACCGGCUCCAUCAUCCUCCUGCACGUCUGCGCCCACAACCCCACCGGCGUCGAUCUGACCCAGUCCCAAUGGAAGGACGUCGCCGUCGUCAUGCGCGAGCGCAACCAUUUCCCCUUCUUUGACUGCGCCUACCAGGGUUUCGCCUCUGGUGAUCUCAUUCGCGACUCCUGGGCCGUGCGCUACUUCGUCGAGCAGGGCUUCGAGCUGUGCGUGGCCCAAUCCUUCGCUAAGAACUUUGGUCUGUAUGGCCAGCGCACGGGCGCAUUCCAUUUCGUUUCCGCACCCGGUGCGGAGGCCAGCCAGGCUAAUGCGCAUGUCGCGUCGCAGCUGGCUAUUCUGCAGCGCAGUGAGAUCAGUAACCCGCCGGCAUAUGGCGCGCGUAUCGCUAGCCGGGUGUUGAAUGAUGAGGGACUGUUCAAGGAGUGGGAGGAGGAUCUGAAGACGAUGAGUGGUCGCAUUGCGGAGAUGCGCAAGGGCCUGAGGGAGCGCUUGGAGAAGAAGGGCACGCCGGGCACUUGGAACCACAUUACGGAUCAGAUUGGCAUGUUCAGUUUCACGGGUUUGACCGAGUCGCAAGUUAAGGUGUUGAAGGAGAAGUGGCAUGUUUACAUGACCAAGAACGGCCGCAUCUCCAUGGCGGGCCUAAACACACAUAACCUGGACUACUUCGCCGAAGCAGUGGACAGCGUAGUUCGGGAGACUUCAUAAUGAUGCCGAGGUAUAUGAAGGCUAGGAUAUGGUAUGGAUAUAUAUGUAAGGUACAGCUAGACUGUUAGACAUCACCCACAAUACAAAAAAUAUAAACAAUCGAACACAAAGAGAUAGUAAUAAACUACUACUACCUAAAAAACCAAAUCCCAAACAACCAACCAUGUACACAACCCCACAGUCCCCCAAAACACCGCCUGCGCGGUACUCCGUCUCUCCGUCGCGCGCUUCAACUCCUUAUUUCCCUGCCCGAUAUUCGCUUCCGUAUUGCUCGCAUCCGUCACAAGCUGCGAAAUGUAUUCCUCUUGUGUAGACAGAUGCGACACGAGCGUCUGCUGGAGGGAGGAUAUCUCAAGGAGGGAUUUCUCUGCGUUCUGAACCUUCCCGACCACAUCCUCAAAAUACUUGACCAUGGAAUCAUUCUCCUCCUCAAAGAGCUGCAAUUGCUGAGGGGUCAACUGCUUCUCGAUCUCCUUGACUUCACUCUCAUCCAUCAUCACACUUCCCGUAGUACCACCUCCAGCAACAUCUCCCCUCCACGACCCCCCCUCCACACUCCCCCAUCCA